AGUACCAAUGGAUGAGCUCAGGCAGUGGAUGAGCCAGAUGAUGCUCACCCUGGAGGGAAUAAGCCAAAAGAGUGCUGCUAGAAAUGAGGAGAGUGCGCAAAAAAUGAUACGGGCCCUAGAAGGAGUGGGCCAAAAGAGUGCUGCUAGAAAUGAGGAGAGUGCGCAGAAAAUGAUACGGGCCCUAGAGGGAGUGAACCAGAAGAGUGCGGCUAGAAGUGAGAGGAGUGCACAAGGAAUGAUCCAGUCUCUGGAAGAAGUACACCAGAGGAGUGCCGCUCGAAACGAGGAUAAUGCCUUAAAAAUAUUGUGGACAGUGGCCGAGAUGGACAAAAAAUCCGAAGACAUGUUGGAUAGGGUGUUAGGUCGAAUGGACAGCUUCGGGAUGCCGGUCAUGACACCGGAAGGACACCUUAGGGGUUGGCCAUAUGACACGGCCUCACAUAGUGCUCCCAUGGAGGUGAGAGAGGACAUGUUUAUGAGAGAUAAUAUGCCAUUUGGGGGACACCGAGAGUUGAAGCUGGAGCCAAUAACACCCAUUCGAGUGGAGGAUGGUCACUGGGGAGUGACAACCACUCCAGAUCGAGAUAAAGCAACACCACUUGAUGUCCGCCCGAAGAGUGGUGCGGGACAUACUAAUGUGCAGCGCUAUGAGAUGGGCAACGUUAGCGAGAUGGUGGAUGAGAAGAAUGCCAAGAGGUCAGCUGCUUCUACACCUCCGGCAGGGACACCGGAGCCAGAGGCGGGUCUGCCCCACCGGGAGAUGAAACAGGAGCAGACGCCCCGGAAAGGGGAGCACGGGGAAAUGACAGGUUCCGCGCAAAACCCCAGACGGCAGGAGCCCCAGCCUGUAAGGGGACGAGAACCACAGGAGGAGAGAGAUCAAGGUCCACCUAGGGGUAGACGGAACCAAGGCCCAAGGGCCAACGACCAUACAGGACCUCGCGUUGUCACAUCCCUGGUUAGCUACGAUGGGAAGGAGGCGUGGGCGCCAUUCAAGCUCAAGUUCAAGAAGCUGGCAGACAGAGAGGGAUGGACGGAUGAGGACAAACUCUUCCAGUUAUGUUUUUGCAUGCGUGGGGAAGCGAGUUCCUUCUUUACCACGUGUCAAAUGAGGGACCUGUUCAUGUCAUAUGAGCAAAUGAUGAAGAAAUUCCAAAAGAGGUUUGGCAUCGUGGAACCUGCGCAGGCGGCAAGAAUGCGUUUUCCGUCCUUGAAACAGGAGCCAGGGGAGACACUAGAGGCCUGGGCUAAACGUUUGGUGGCAACCUCGUCACGAGCAUAUCCAGGUCUGCCAGAGGACUUCGUGGAGCAGGAGACCAUAACAAGGUUUUGCAUGGGCUGUGAGAACCGGGACGCCGGGAACCUAGUUUACAAUCUGAAACCCGCUUCCCUGGAAAGGGCCAUGGAUGCAGUGAGGCACUACCAGCACAACUCGCACUUGCAAUAUAGUAGGCCACGGCGGGAGUUGCGGGCAGUGACGGUGAUGGAUACCGAGGAGCAACCGAGGGAAGUGCGAGCCUCCUCGAAGACAGAGGCGAACCCAAUAAGCAAUUCACCCGCAGUCACCGAUCUGGCGAGAAGGGUGACCCUGAUCGAGACUGACCUAGGAACAGUACAGAAAGAGGUCAAAGGUAUCAGGUCGGAGAUGACACAACUAGUACGUUCAGUGCAAGAACUCACCGAAACGGUAAAGAAGUUGGGAAACAUGAGGUCGAGGUCCCGCUCACCCAGCCCAGGGAGGUUGUCGGGCUGUUUUCAUUGUGGAGACCUCAACCAUGUCAAGGCAGCCUGCCCGAAACUGGCAGGCAAUGCACCUACAGCUAAGAGUGUCUCCUUUGCGAUGGGAUCCACAGAGAAGCCUUUAAACAGCCAAGGGACGGGUUUGUAGACC